AUGCUUAAACGGCAGGAAAUGUACAAUGGGCGUUCGCCGGCCAAGCCGGCCAUGAAUCCGCGCCAAAUCUUGAAUAUAAUCCUUGGUUUUGCAUUCUUGGCCUUUUUGUAUAGAAUAUUUGUGACAUGCGAUGAAAUAACGCAGCUGAGCUCAUACGAAUCCGAAAAGACAGAAACCAACCCAUCAUCACCAUUGCAGGAAGCAGCAUCACAUAAGCCAACAGAGCCAACAGAGCCAACAAAACCGAUUUCACAUAUGGCCUUGCACGAAGCCAGCAAGGACGUCGCUCUCGUCGUCUCAAAAGCACGAUAUGAAGAUGUUACAUGGGUCACCAGUUUCUGCCAAAAAUUUAAAGCUGACCUAGCGACAACUAGUAAAUGCACGCCAUAUAUCUAUACGAUGGACGAUGAGCCUGAAGAAGGCUUUCUUAUUCCCCAUACAAAUGUAGGCCACGAAGCAGGUGCCUACCUCUCCUACAUCGUCGACCACUAUUACGACCUUCAUCCAUUCACAAUCUUCCUCCACGGCCGAGAAGAGCACUGGCACAAUGAUAUAGCUGGUUCAAAGACAUUAGAUGGACUUCCAAAUUUACGCUUCGAAGCCGUGAGUCGAAAGGGUUAUGCGAACCUGCGCUGCUUAUCUAUACCUGGCUGCCCAGAUGGUCUGUACCCGUCGAUCAUUCAACAAUCUGAUAUUGAUAAUCAGAAUUUGGUCGACAACUUCCCAGAAAUAUGGGGUGAGAUCUUUGGGCCGGACACCCCUGUGCCGCUUCAGAUUGGAUUCCGUUGUUGCGCGCAGUUUGCAGUUACCAAAGAAAGAAUCCGAGAAAGAGGAUGGACCGAUUAUAACCGAUUCCUCCAGUGGUUACCCAAAGGGCUCGAGUACUCUGACACCUACGGGGUAGGCUGGCUCAUGGAGAAGUUAUGGCAUAUUAUUUUUGGAAUGCCUGCUAUCGACUGCGCCGAUCCUGUCCAGUGUCGCUGCGACCUCUAUGGGUGGUGUGGCCCGCACCCAGGAACCGAUGGCAAAAUUCUGACACCUAUCACAUAG